GUUUACACAUAAGUUUAGUUAAAAAUAAUAAGUUUGAUGUAAUAAUGGUUUAUACAAAUUAUUAUGACUAAAAUCAUAUUAAAACGAAUAAUAAAUAAUUAUAAUUACAAUUAUAUUGGUAUUCAUCACGGUAUUACAGGUUCUAUCAACAAGUAAUCACAAACCAUGAAUCAGGAAUACAGGAUGUCAGGAUGAAACUACAUAAAAUUUUUAUUGCACAAUAUAAUAAUAUAAUAUAAUACAAAUAUGGCACAACAAAUGCACCCAUGGACUUACAAACAUAUAUUAUCAGUUCUAUGAAUGCACCCCACUCCUCGAUAUUUAUUACUUUACUGGUAUUUAAAUUUUAAAUUGGUAAGUAGUAGUUAUCAAUCCGUUGUUAUUAUCUAUUGAGUCAUAAAUGAGUAUGAAAAUACAGAUGUUAAUAUUUUGUAGUACAUUUAAUACUAUUAAAAAAAUAAUAAUAAUGAGUGGAAUGUUUUCGUUCAAUUUAUUUAUGUAAUUAUGAUAUAAAAGUUCUUUACAAGCAACAAAUUUUCUUUGGACUAAAUUAAUAAACGAUAAUUAAUACUAAUAUGAUCAUGUGAAUAUUGUGAAUUUUAAUGUUGUUAUUCUAUUGCAGCACAUAUUACUUAUUAUUUUAGUAGUGCUUUACUAGCUAAUGGUUAAACUUUAUCAUCUAACAAUGACUCACGAUCAAGAGGAAAUCGAGUAAGUUCACAUAGUUUGAUAAUUAUAUUAUUAUGUGUAAGUAUCUAAUGGUUAGUUACUAAUUUUAAAUUUGCCUAUAAACAUUUAAUAAUUUAUAAUAUGUAGAAAUAAAAUAAUUAAUUAAUUAAUGCGUCGCCAGAAGUAUUAUAAUAUAUGUAUUGUACACAAAUCACAAAGUGAUUUACCUGAUAGUGAAUUUUUAAUUUGAAACUUGUCAUACAAUACACAUAUCAUUAUACUCCAGGUAACCAAUUCAUUUAUUUGUUUUCUACAUAUAAAUUAUUUAUUUACAAGUAUUAACCAUUUAAUAAUUUUGUUUUUACUUUAUUAUUUUAUUAAACAUUAAAUUAUAAGUUCAAUCAGUUACCAUUCUGUAUUGUUAACUAUUUACCUACUUAAAUUACAAUUAAUUAUGCAACAAUAAAUUACUUAUAAAAUAAAUUGGCAUUACAUAAUUAUAUAUAUAUGUUAUGUGCUGUGCUGUCUCUCAAAUAAUGCAACACUACUCUCUCUCUACCCAUGAAGUACCAACCUUAAAAUGCAAUAACAUGUCAAUAGCUUGAGGAAAGUUAAGAAUUUCAACAUCAAAAUGUAUUUAAACUAAAACUAACUAUUUGUGAAAUUUUCAAUAUAGGUUGCCAUUUAAAAAUCAAAAUAUGGUAGUGGUUUCACCACCAAACAUAAGCUUGAUAAAAUGUAAAGGUAUUGUGCUAAAGUGUACUUUACAAUUUUUUCCAAAAAACAAAAUUUUUAACACUGAUUCUAAAAAUAUUCGAUUUGUUAAGGAAAUCUUUGUUAAAAAAAAUUAUGACAAAAAAUUUUAAACAGAAAUUUUGAUCAGAUUUUCACAAAAGUAAGGACAUGUUUGUGAAGUAGUACAUUAAGGAAGUCAUUUUAUGAUUUUACUAGGGGUUUUCAUAAUAAAUUAGGACAAUUUAUGGAAUGUAUUAUUUUCAAGUUGUAAAUAUUACGACCUUUCAAAACACGUAUAACUGAACUCCGCUCAGAAUCGUUUUUCAUUAACCAUGAAUAAUCAUUGCAUACAAAUAUUAUACAUUAAGUUUCCUCUCUACCUCCUCAACUUCUUACCUACAAUUGUAUAUUAAAUAUUUUUUAUAAUCUAAUAUAACCAUUAUGAUUAGGUACCUAUGGUGUUAUAAAAAGAUAAAAAAAUAUGAAAAAUUAAAUGUAUACCUUUUGUUUCAAUAUUCCCCACCAACCUCAUGAUUACUCCUUCAUUCUCCAGAAUUUACAACUAACUAGCCUUGCUAAUUGCAGGCACUUAUCUUACCUGAUCUUCUUCACCUUCAUUAUUCCACUUUCUUCUUCUAAUUAUUCUCUCAACUCAUCCAUUUCUUGCCUUAUGUGCACUGCCAACUCGGACCUUUCAUUCAACCUGUAACCUGUCUACUUAUCUAAUUGUAUUUUUUUGGACUUGCCCUGUAUAUUGAAUAAAAUAAAUAAAUAAAUAUGUAUAUGUUCUUAUGUAAAAUAUAAGUUAUUCCAUACUUCAAUCAUAAGUAGAUUUUUUGGUUAUUUAUAUGAACCUACCUUAUUUACCUACCUUUUAACAUUGAGGUCACUUCAUCAAAUUACAAUUAAAUAAUAAAUAUUCUUUUGAAUAUUAAAUAAACAAAACAAAUCCACAUUAUACUAAAACCUAAAAUGUAUUCCAUGUACAACCUGUAUUCAACUAUAAACCAAUAAACUAGUUCCUAAGUUGUUAACUAGAUACCUAUUUAAAUUAUAUAUUGUAUAUUUACUUUUGAAAUAUUUAAUACUCAAGUUAGUAUAUUAAAAAAAUGGUUUUGUUCAGAUAUUAGUAAUUGUGAUAUACCAUGUUAUUAAACUAUGGUAGAUAGCAAGUUUAUCAAUUGUGAUUUCUUCUCAAGACAUUUGUUUGUUUAAACCAUAUCCUAGGAUUUAAAAAUAGCUAAAUCAUAAAGUUCUUAAUACUAUGGAGUAUACAAUAUACAUUAGUAAUAAUUUUCUAAUGGUGUUACUAAUAUUCUAACAUUUAUAGUUUAAAAAUAUUUUGUUCAAUAUUGAAUGUUUACUAGACACACUAUUUAAACAUUUUUUUUCAGAAGAUUGGUUUCAGCUCAAGAAGAAGAAAAGAAUUCGGAAUGUUGUGGUUUCUGGUACCAACUUUUACUAUCAGUAUUUGGAAUUACAUUUCUUUUUACAGGAAUUAUCAUGGCUGAUUUGUGGCCACAAAUAUUUGAUAACAUGAUGUCAAAUGUAAUGUUUGAUUGUCUUUACUUAUUUGAUUAACCAAUUAAUUUAAACAUAUUUAAUAAUAACUUACUACUAAUAAAAAAUAUAUAUUUGGGUUUUUUUUUUCAGAGAUUAGAAUUAAAAAAUAAUACUCAAACAUACAAAUAUUGGCAACAAAUACCAGUUCCAUUAAACAUGAGUGUGUAUUUGUUUAAUUGGACAAAUCCAGAAGCAACAAUAAAAAAUGGUGACAAACCUAUAUUACAACAGCUAGGACCAUAUGUUUUUAAGUAUGAACUGUUGAUAUAUAUCACAUAGAAAUAUAAUAAUAAACAUAAUAUUUUAGAGAAUACCGUACAAAAAUGAAUACAACUUUCAAUAAUAAUGAUACAAUAACAUAUAUGCAGUUGAAAAGUUGGAAGUUUGAUCCUAUUCUUUCAAAUGGAUCAUUGUCUGACCCUGUUACCACCAUUAACAUUGUGCUUAAUGUAAAUUUUAUAAUAUAAAAUUGUCAUUAUUAGUAUUAUAACAAUUCACUAUUUUUGUAGAUUUUGGGUGAAAAAUUGGUUGGUAUUAAUGAACACUGGGUGUAUGUUCUUACCAAUUAUUACUUAAAAAUUUUAAAAAUUGACAAGCCAUAUGUAACAAAGACUGCUGGUGAAUUUAUUUUUGACGGUUAUGAUGAUCCUAUUUUGGAUGUUGUCUUAAAAUUAAAAUCAUAUUUUCCCAUUCAAUUACCGUUCAAGAAAGUUGGAUGGUUUUAUGGAGUAAUAAUGCAUAUUUUGUUUUAAUUUGUAUAGUUUGUUAAUUAUUUGUAUAUUUUUUAAAUUAAAAAUGAUGAAUUAAUCUUCAGAUGAAUAUGUCUAUGUCUGCUGAUGGAAUAAUUAAUAUGUUCACUGGAAAAAAUAACAUCGAAGAAGUUGGAUUACUGCAUUCAGUUAAUUAUAACACAUCCUUGAAUACGUUCAAUAAAGAUUGUAGUAUUUCAAAAGCUUCUGCAGGUGAUUUAUGGCCCGAACACACAGCCACUAAGCCUAAUAUGACAAUUUAUGUACCCAGUUUUUGCAGGUAAUUUGAAAUUUUAAUUAUACAUCUAGUAACAUUGUAUUUAAAUAAAUAAUUAAUUUUUCUUAUUCUAUGAUCAAUGCUAAUGUAUUAGUUUUCUUACUUUAUAUGUCAAAAUAAGCCAAUAUAAAAUAUAAUAUUUACAAUAUAUUUGUUAGUAUUGUACUUCACUCUUAAGUUGACUUAAUUUACAUUUCAUCUUAAAUUUUGUUUUUAAAAAACCAUAAACGAUUUCUUAAUGCAAUAUUCUAUAUCUAUAGUAAACAUAGAGCCUUUAUUUUUAUUGAUUUAAUUAUCUUUUUACUUGAUGUACAUUAUAAUAUACUUUUGUUUUACAAUAAUUAAUCAUGAUAAUUGUUUUAAUCUUAUAAAUAUUAAUAUAAAUUGAUUAUAUAAUUCCAUUAUUUAAAUUUGUUUUAAAUGUUAUUUAAAGUAGUUAUUUUUUCGGCUAUCUUGUCGUUUGUGGUCUACUGCAGAUUGCAAUCUACAUGCUAUUACGAGACGUGUUUCGUAUACAUUCUACCUCACAAUUAUAAUUGUAUUUAUAAUAGAACUUUUAAUAGGACUCGUUCUUUUAUAACUUUCUCUUACCCUCUUAGUUAAGUCACUUGUUACGUGUGUUACUGAUGAGGGUGUCAUGGCCCUAGAAUUUAAACUCAACCAUAGACUUGACCUGAGGUCCCACAUAAAUUAUAUUGUAAAGGUUUUAAAAUUCUUGGGUUCGUGACAUUAUCCGAAGACUUUUGUUCCGGUAUAUCUAUUAAGGUAAUUUUUUAUACACUGGUGUGUCCAAUCCCUGAGUAUGGUGCGACUGUAUGGGAUCCUCAAACUGCAGAUGACUUGUUACAGUUUGAAAAGGUUUAGUGACGGUUUUUGCUAUUCACCUGUCGUUUAAUGUGAAUCCUGUAUGAGCCCCAUGACUAUACCCCUGUGUCUGAUUUACUCAAUUUAGCAUCUUUGGCUGAGCGUAGACGUUUAGUGUGUAUAAACUUCAUAAAAGGUCUAUUGAAUAAUAAAGUGGAUUAGUCUGUCCUCAUCUUUGUUUCAUUUUAAGGUUCCCCAGCUCAAUACUAAGUCAGCCGUUCUCUUUUCAAUUCCACCUUCUGCUACAAACUACAUGCACAAUGAACCUAUUAGGCAGUUAAUUAGUUAAACCAAUGCAGAUCCUCCUUCCUUAUGUCUGUCCAUGAAAUAUAUUUUUUUUUUUUUUUUGAAUGUCUUAUAAUCUAAAAAUUAUCUAUAUUGUACUUUUAAACAAAUGCUAUGCCCAUAAAUUUAUAAAAAAACAAACAAUUCAUAAUAUCAUUAUUGAAACGUGAUUAAGGAGAAACAAUAAAAGGGACAUAUUUAACGUUUUGUUAAGGAACAUGACACAAGUAUAAGUAGGGCUUGGAUUUAUAUGUAUUAAAUAAACCAAAAUAUGUAAUUAAAAAUCACUCACAAAUAUGUGAAAACAAAUUACAAAAAAACAUUACUCACAUAAAAAAAAUUUUAAAUUAUUUUAUAAAUGACAAAAAUGAAAAUACACAAAUUAAGACACUUGAAUUGAAAUUAUUAUGAAAUUGAACCUUAUUCAUCUUGAUCUUGAUAGUAAUGAAAUACCAUAUACAUUAUAAAUGCUCAAAUUGCCAAAGUUAAAUAAUCUACUGUUUGGUUGUAACACAGAUUUGUAUUGACUAAAUGAACACUUUAAUUCAACAGAGAUAAUACAAAUUUCAUAUUUGCAACAUCCAAAGAAGUGAGCUCAAUCAUCUGCUAUAUCAUCCCAUUUAUUCCGCAAUGGAUAUCUCUAAUUAAUUGUAUUUAGUAUUAUUUUGUUUACCUACUUUUGGAAAUAUAAAAAAUUAUCUGUAUUGAAAAAUACAAUUAUAUACAAAUUUAAUCGUGUAUGAACAAAUUAUCAAAAUAUGUAGGAAAAAAUGGGAUUAUUGAGAAAUAUUUAAAAACAUAUAUUUAUGAAAAAAAAAGUAAAAAUAUGUAAAAUCAAAUAUAGUUCAUUCCAUUGAAAAUCACUUAACACAAAUUUAUCACUUGCCUAAAUUAAAUUAUCAAGUCUUAGUAGAAAUAUGUAUUUACAUAUAAAUCCGACCACUAUUUAUAAGUUUAUUUUGUCAGUAAAACCCAUUUUUACAUCAUAUAAAACAAAAACCACUAUUUUAUAUUUUAUAUCAAUUUAUGGUCUAAUCAAUAAUCAGUGUUUCGAUGUAUUGCAAGUCUUUAUUAUAAAGAUGCCUUACCUUUAUUGCAUUUUAUAUUUAAUCGUAACUUGGAAACUGUCGGCACAAUGACAUGUACGAGAAUUUACUAACCUUUCGUAUUAUAUCCAAGUAGGUAAUAAAUAUUGUUGUAGAGCUAUAAAAACAGUAAACCGUAUAAAACAAGAUAGCCUAUUUUUUUUGUAGGUAAUAUUUGUAUUGUUCAUUUUUCUCAUAUACAUUUAUCCUUUUUAUCAGAAUUAUUUAUUAAAUAUUUAAUCUAUUCUAGUGCUAUCACCAUGACUAAAAAAAAUCAUACUUUUGUUAAUGGUAUCAAUGGUGUUGAAUUUAAUGCGGGAUCUGAUGUUUUCAAUAAUACUUGUUACUGUCCAUCAUCUGGAUGUCCAUUGCCUGGUGUACGGUCAUUAAGUUUGUGUGGAGAUAAUGUACUUCCAAUAUACAUUUCGUUUCCACAUUUUUAUUUAGCUGAUAAAUCAUAUAUUGAAUCAAUCGUUGGCAUGAAACCAAAUCAAACUUCACAUGAAUUUAAAAUGAUUUUGGAUAAUGUAAGUUUAUCUAGUUUUUAUAAGUAAAUAAUUAUUUAAUAAUUAAUUUUAAAAUUUUUUUUAUUAAAUGUUAUUUGUAUUAGGAUUUUUCAAUACCACUAGAGAUAGCCGCUAGAUUUCAAUUUAAUAUUAAAGUGCAUCCAAUCAAGAAUCUUAGGUAAAUACAUUUGAUUUAUUUUAAUUUAUAAAUAGAUUGAAAUACUUAUUAUUGUUAUUUCUAGAAUUUUGAAAAAUUUACCAGAAUUAUUCUUACCUGUAUUUUGGCUUUCUGAAAGUUUUGAAAUUCCACGUAAUGUUUCCAACCAGUUAUUGAUUGUUACAAAUGUGCUACCAAUUUAUAUUCCUUAUUUAUGGCUUACAAUGACUUUACUUGGAUCUGCAAUGCUAGUAAUUAGUAUCUACUUAUGGGUUACCAGGAAAAAUGAAUCAUUCACUACAUUAAACCCAUUAUAAAGAAGCUAUUUUAUUUUGUGACAAUCUCAGUGUUCCUAAAACAAAUUAUCACUUAACAACUAUCAAAUGUCACUGAAAUUUAAUAGUGAUUUAAAUAUUUAGCCAUUUAUAAUAUUUUACUAUCCUAUUUAAUAAUCUAUGUUGUCUCGUUUGUGUAUAAUAUACAUAUGACUAUUUUUUUUUUUUUUUUGUAUAUAUAUAUUUUAUUGUAACCAAACAUACAUACAUUGAGCAUAUUCUUUUAUAUAAAAUGUUACUAAAUCCUUGUAAACUAGGAUGUAAAAUUUACUACAUAAAAAUUAAAUAAUUAUAAUCAAUAACCUGAAAUUAAGAGCUGUAUAAAUAAAAGUAUAUAAGUUAAGUAAAGUAAAUAAAGUAUAUAGAUCAAUAUAUUUAAAACUAAAUAUAAGAUUCAAACAUAAUAUUAAUUUAUUAAUAGUUUUUAUACAAAAUAAAACUUUGGAAACUCAAUAUAUUUAUAUUAAAUUUGAUACAUAAAUGAAAUCAUUUAAUAUAAAAUGAGAAUUAUUAGUAGAUCUAACAUUUAUAAAACCAUACUCAUUUCUAUCAAAAAAUUUAUUUUUAUCCAGAAAUCCCAUAAGUCUAGAUUUUAUUAUUUUCCAAAUAAUUUAGAUAGUGAUAAAGAGAGUGAGAUAAGGCAAUAAUUAUUAUAAUUCAUUAUAUUUUCAUUUUUGAAAAUUGGAGGAACUGCACAUUUUUUAAUUAAAUUUGGAUAUACACCAGACAACAGGGCUAAAUUAUAUAUUAAUAUUAAAGGAAAGAGAUUACAUCUGAUGUCUUUUUAAGAAUAAUAUUUUGUAGUAUAUAUUCAAAGAAUGAAGGGUUUAAUUGAAUUAAUGAGUUUUUUAAUUUCAGAUUCAUUUAUAGGAGUUAGGAAAAUGCUAUCAUUCACUUUUGAGUUUUUACUAUUAUAAUUUAAAUUUAUUUUUGUAAUUUUUCCAGAAAUAAUUUUAUCUUAGAUACUUUAUCCGACAUCUAUAGAAAAUCUAUUAAAUUCAUUACAUACAUCAAAUAUAUUUGAAUUAGAUCAAUUACUUAAUUUCAUGUCAUUUUAUAUUGUUAUAUAACUUACACUUUACUUAAAAUAUUUUUCUAUGUGGAAAAAAAUUACAUUUUUAAAUUAUGUAAUACAUAAUUAUGUGUAUCUUAGAGCUAACAUAAUGAGAAUUUAUUCACCAGUAUUAAAUAUGUGUUUACAUACAGGUUUUUUUUCAGUAAAUAGCUUGUUUCUAUAAAUACCAUUUCCGAUAAAAACCAAUAUUUUGUUAAAGGUUAACUUACUGAUUACUAUUUUAACAACUUUAUAGUUAGUUAAACAUAACUUUACAUAUUACAUUACUUAACAAGUUGCAUUAAGUACAACAUAAUAUUUUUUAGCAUUUAUAUAGUUUAUUGGUAGUUACUGAUACUAAGAGUAAAUUUAUGAAAUGACUUGCCUAGAGUUCUGUUCUUGGAGUCCCAAAUUUUACUAAAAAUUUUAAAAUCCUUAUACCAUAUAUGUUUAUUUAUAUUUAGUAAAUAUAUUAUUAAAUAUUGACCAUUGUAGGUUUUUAAAUUAAGAUUUUAAAUUUUAAUAACUAUUAUUAUACUUUUUUUUGUCUUUAAACAACUUUUUUACCAGAAAAUUUGCUACGGUUUUCUAGUAUUGAAUCUAUUUAAACAAAACAAUUUGAAUCGUUGGUGCUGUAGGAAAUCGUUUUUAUUUUUUACUUUCUAUUUUUGGGCUACACGGCUGUACUAAAUGCGUCAAUACGCAAGCACUUUUUGACGUGUGUCAUAGAAGUACAUUAUUAGUUAUUUUCUAUUUUAAUGUGAGUUUAUAAUAGCAAUACAUAUGUACAAUGUGCCUGACACGUGAAAAAAAAGGUUAUGGGAACAGGUACAUGAGUAACGUGCGUUAAAAAUAACGCACCUAAUAGGGAAAUUAAAUUUCAUCGACCCAUUAUUUCUUCAAUGGACGUUGAAUAUGCCAAUGCCCAAAUUAAAUUUGUAUGGUUUUCAAUGUGAAAGUCAACCAUGUGAUCAAACGAGUGCACUUCACACGGACGCACUAUCCGGAUGCAAAAAAGACCAUUUGCAUACUGUUCACAAUUUAUUGGAUCCACCCAAUAGGUAUUUUUGUUACCUAAAUUUUGUUUCAUAUAAAAACAUGUUGGAGAAUCAAAACUCAUCCGAGUCCAUAUUUCAGCCGUGAAAGUACUACCUACCUACGUAAGUCUUCAAUACUACUAUUUACUAUUACUACUACUACUACUUCUACUACUUACUAUUCAUGUACUUCAAAUACUAAAUACGGACGUCAUAUCAACGUUAGUGUGCCCGCUCUAUGCGUACAUUAAAAAGUACACACUCAUUUCCUACGCUUGUGUGGCCCCAACCUUAAUUAGGAAAAAUUAUUAGGAAUUAUUAGGAAAAAUAAGAAAAUAUAUGGAAAAUGUCGAUUUCAAUAUUUUUGAUCAUGUUUUGAUGUAAUUCGGUUAAAAAUUAUUGUAAAAACGUGCAAUUUUUAAAAGAAUUUUGACAAUGGCUAUCAUCCGAAUUUAAAUUCACUAAAAAUUAUUGAAAAAUGCUAUAAAAAAAGUUAAAAAUGCAUUUUAUUGCGGAAAUGCUCUUCAAAAAUGACAUAGACUUUUUUAAAUUUAUUGUUUUAUUGAUCACUUUAUAUUUAUAAAAAAAAUGAAAAAUUUGAUUUGUAACUAGCGACGAUAGUAUUGACUGAUUGACUGGAAAACCUGAAAAACAUGGGUAAUAUUUUGAAUUAGCUAAAUUUAAAUUAUUAAGUCGUAUUAUAGAUUAAUAUACUAAGUAUACUUAAUUGAUGCAUCAUAUGAUAUACAAAUAGCAAAUACUACAUUAUAACAAUGUACUCAUAUAUUAUCAUACAAAUAUGCAAUAAAAAAAAAAAAGCUCUAAAAAUGAAAAAGGCAAAAUAAAAGGUACAAAUUUGAAGUCUGUUACAUGAAUCAAAUUAUAUACUUGGAAAGUUUUGACUAAUAUCAAUCAAAAAAAGAUACAUUUUACAGUCAAAUCUGGGCCUAAAUAAUUAUUUUAAAACAUUCUGCCAAUAUUUUAGUUAUUGAUUGGAAUCUGACAUAAUAGUUAUUUUAGUUUUUGUUUAGGUUUUAAGUGAUGUAUUUAUAAAAUUAUUUUGUCUGAACAGAAAUAUAUGUAAAGUUCAUAAUAAGAUUUAAAAAAAAUGUUAAGCGUAAUUCAUUAGUUUCAUAAGAAGUGUUUUAAGUUUCAAAAUCGUAAAAACCACAGAACAUUAUACCAGUAUUUGAAAAUACCGCCAGCUAUAAUGAAUCUUAUUAUAAAUAUCACAAGUAUAUUAUGUAUUUUUUUUUAUACUACCAACAUAUUAAAUUAUAGAAUUUAUAGAUAAAUCUUAAUUUGUAUAAUAUAUUAGACUGAAAUAAAUAAUGUAUGUACAAGAUCAUUAAAUGAAACAAUAAAUAUACAAAUCGAUUUGAAAUGAAAUAAUGUAAAAUAUAUUAUUUUAAAUUGUUAUUUCUAACGGUGUAAAAAAAAGCUAAAAUUUUACCAUGCUCAUGGAUGUACAGAUAAAGUUACAAUAAGAAUCACUUUUGUUUUAUUAAAAAAAAAUUGUUGAAUAA